AUGUGUAACCAUAAUCAAUAAUAUAAGAUAAUAAGUAUUUAAGAUCCAUGCCAUAUCUCUUUUUUGCAACCCAAAUUGAACUUAAAAUCCAAGAUGUAGUCCAUAUAUUUUCAAUAGUUGCAUAUUCCGAUUGA